CACUGCAAUGAAAUGAUGAAGUAAUAUUUUGAUCAAAAAUAUCACAUUUAGUAGCCUUUUUGGCGGAGUUCCCUUUCAUUAAAUUCAUGAAAACUUCGUCUCUUACGCGUGACGAUGUAAAGCUUGCAAAUGAGUGGUAAUAACGUUGUGGGGCUACGUGUAUUUUCGACGAUCUUUCCGCCGGUUUAAAAAUUCAUUGAGGAACCUGUAAAGUCAUGUUGGAGAGCUUGGCUGCAUGGGUUUUGAGAACAUACGUUGGGGAAUACGUUGAAAAUCUUAACACGGACCAACUAUCCAUUGGAUAUGGUAGGUUAAGAUAAGUGAAAAUCGCAUAUAAUGAGUGCAAAUAAUCCAGUCAUUAACUUAUGCACGUGAACGAACUACCUACCGACCGUAGCUCGAGCUCCAAGUUAAAAGGCUCUAGUGAGGCUUUUGGGGCUUGUAAAGGCUCUUUUGUAGUAAGGCUUUACUCCAAUCCACGAGUAAACUUAACUUAGACAGGACGUAUACUCUGAAUUCUUGAGUGCUGCAAUGUCGAGGUUGCAUUCUUCUACUUAUCAAUAUUUAGCUAUGGUGUAAUGUUAAUUGUCCGCAUUUAAUUUUAUUUUCGUUUUUAAUUUUCUCACAUAUCGCGGUAGAGGAAGUAAAUUUUGACAAUUUUAGAUAGUCUAGAAAGUUUCAUAUGGGUAAAGAUAUUUGUAAAGGAAUAUUUUAUUAUUUCAUAUGAUAGCUCUUUGACCAAAACAGUUUAAAUAAGCUCAGUCAUUGAAUAAUUUAAGUGCAAGAAUAACAAUGUACAAUACAUGUUUACAAAAUAUUUGGCUAGGAUCUGGUCAUUACAUUCAUCACUUAUUCAAGCUAUAAUGAACGGGUCACAGAUUUCAUAACUGUACUAGUCUUGCAAUGUAAUUCAUGUGGGGAGUAAAAGUUUGUGGUUCAUGGUUCAUUUCCCUUUUUCCAAGUUUGCACAAAGCAACAUUACAUUUUCUUUCUUUAUAUGUAAGAAUUUAAGAUUUGUAUUUUGAUAAGCUUGCAAAUGAAUCAUUUAUCAUAUGCAUUCACAUAGUGCAGCCAAGAUUUUAUUAUUUUUUCCAGCAACUUAUUUAAUUAGUCAUUUCUGGAAAAUGGCCAUUUCAUUUGCACAGUUUACAUACAAUUGAAAGGCUGCAAGUAAUAAUCUCCCUAGUCUCCCUCGCAGUUGUUUUUUGAAUGACAUGCGAUGCUCCCCCAAAAGAUAGUUCUUUUGGGGGAGCAUUGUGUGACAUCCAAAAACAGCUGCGAGGGAGACUUAUAACCUCCCUUGUCCUCACUCAUUUUGGAUCAUGUGUCUUUUAGGAGACUGUCGAUCAGUGUAUCAGCCGAUAUCUCAGUCGACUGUUGAUCAAUAUAUUGGCUGCUAUGUCAGCCGAUAAUCGGUCGACUCUUGGUCGAGUCUCAACUGUUAUGCUGGUGAAACUCGGUUGCUACAGUUUAUUGGUGGAUAGUCGGCCGAUAGGCAGCCAUGAUGUGCUGACAGGUUGUCGACAUAUCAGUGACAAUUGGCCGACGUAACGUCGGAUACCAUGAUGGAAAUGUCGGUCAACGUGUUGGUUCAUGUGCCGGUCUAGUAUUGGCCAACUGUGGGCCAAGAGUCGGUCACGUCUUGACCGAUAUGUACCCAGGACUUGACCACUACAGUCUGUUGGUCAAUAGUCGGCCGACACUUUACCGACGGAUCACCCACAAUCAACCUGUUAUCAGCCAAAACUGAUAUGUAUAACAAGCAUUAGUGUCCAUUGUGUCUCAGCUGACGUCAGGAACCUUGUAACAAAGGGCAAAGCAUAGAGUAAAAGCAAUAGCGAUUGUUGACCGAUACACCACUGAUAACGUACCAAAUAUAGUCGACCAACAGUUCACCGAUACUCUGGUGACAUGCUACUGAUGCUAUCGCGGCUGACUGUUGGUUGAUUUGUUGACCGAUACUCGACCAACAGUAAAACAUCACUCGGUGGAUAUAUUGACCGACUCUAGGCGAUGCUGAUUGUUGACUGAUACACCACUGAUACCUCUCUGAUACUCAACUGACAAUUCACCAAUAUAUUGUCGACACACUACUGAUGCUAUCUCGACCGACUGUUGAUCGAUCUGUCGACCAAUACGUGAGCGACAGCAAAACACCACUCGACCGAGAUAUCGGUCUAUACUCAGCCGAUAUUCGACGGACUCUCGACCGAGUAUCGGCCAGCAUAGCGGCCGGUAUAUUGAUCGACUGUUGACCAAGAUGUUGGCCGAUACAUCGAUCGACAGUCCCCCGAAAGAUACAUGAUCCCUCACUUUUUGGAGUGGAUGUUUUCCCAUGGUUUUUAUCUAUAAAUAGUAUUGUCGGCAUCAAUGUUUGGAUCUCAAAAAGAACAUGAACCAUUAUAACCAGCCCUUCUUAUUUCCUCUCAUGCUUCUUUUAUCAGUUUUGAACCACAGUUUAACAGAGAAAACAGAAGAAAAUUGUCCAUUACUUUGUGAGACCAACUGAAGCAUGAUGGUGCUGUAUCAAGCAAAUAAGAUAGGCAGGCAUUAAAAUGAGUCUUAAGAUCAUGACUUUUAUAAUGCAAGGCAUUUUAAAUUGAAGGUGUGGUUUUAUUUUUUUCAGUUAAUUGAAUAAGAAGCUCAUCACCUACUUUUAAGCAAUCCCCUGAAGUUGAAUUAAAACUUUUAGUUUAUUUUAAUGAACUCUUAUUUUUGUUUCUUUUAAACUUUGAUCAGGCACUGUUGAUCUGCAUAACUUGCCACUAAAGAAAACAGCACUGAAAGGUCUUGAGCUGCCAUUAGAAGUGAAGUCAGGCUUUAUUGGUCAUCUGCAGCUAUCUAUCCCAUUGCGGCGACCAAAAUCAGAACCUUGGAUUGUUCAUGUCAACAAACUUUAUCUUGUUGCGGGGCCUCUUCAGCAUUCACAGGUUGGUGUGAUCAAAGUGUAAUAGUAGAGGAGACUGGCUAUGUACAGGUAACGUGGCAAACAUCAAAGAUAAAAACAACAAUUGAUGCUAUAGUUUAUGUUAGGAGCUCCUGAAUGGCCCGGUGAUCAAUCCUUAAUGCAAUUUUUUUAAUGUUCAAUAGGAUCAAAAUGAUAGAAAUGCUAUUGAAUGUUGUGCAUUAUUCAAGUGUGCAAAAACAUACUUAUGACAAAGGAGAGAAUUAAUUAACUAUGAUAUGAUUGUACUGCAUAAAUUUAUUGCUACUCACUUAUCAUGAUGAGGUAAUUUUAACCUGCUGUGAUGCAUGUACCACCACCUCCCAAUAACUGAAACCUUUAUUAAGGGAAAUACUUAGAAAAUUAAGUUUCAUUUAUCAGGAGUUGAACUUUGUAGGGAGUUUAGAGUAUAUAAUUGUUUGAAUUACGCAAAAAAGAUUUCUACUUAGCCUGCAAGCAAGCUCUCCGGGGCUCUCUGGCAACAGGGCGGGAAAAGGAAGGAGAGCUGAAAACUAUGUGAUGUCUCUGGAAUUUGAAUUCCACCUCCAAUUCCACCGUGGCUCCCUGUCAACUGAGCUGUCAGAUUUCUGACAAUCAGCGCAAAGCAGAAACAAACACAAAUUUAAACAAACAUUGAAAAAUAUGUGCCAAGAGUAAUAACGUCAUUACUAAUGUCAUCUUCACCAAUCAACAUUUUGCAUUGACGAUUUUGAUGCAGAUAUUCAAAUUCCAGAGAUGAGUUGCAAGUUCUCCUUCCUUUUGCCGCCCUGUUGCCAGAGCGCCCUGGAGAGCUUGCUCGCAGUCUAGUUUCUUCUCUAAAGUGAAUAUUUCAAUAAAAUUUUUUCAUAAAGAAGUCAAUUGAAAAUGAAACAAUAUUUCUGCAUUACAAUGUAAUGUACGUGAAGCAAAAAAAGCAAAAACAUGAAAUUUACUUUUUCAAGAAGUAGCCCUGACACUUCUCAAUCAAUCCAUUCCUAUUUAUUGUGGAAAGUUUUAUCAGCGUCAAUAUCAACAUCCAAAACCUGUACAUGUAUGUCUGUAACAUGCCAAUAGCUUGGCACAAGUUGUGCUCUGAGGGGUGUUUUAGGGACGGCUCAGAAAAAUUAAUUCAAUGCUUUAGACUGCACUACACUUUUUUGUUGACUUGUCAAAUGUACUUGACAAACAAGGUUUGAGUUUAGUAUUAGGGGUCAAAAUUAUAUAGAAAAUUAUCUGAAGAAAAUUGAAAAUUAUUUUGAGUUAGCAAGAGGUUGUAACUGAGGGUAAAAUUAUGGUUUAAAUGUAUGGCAGAAAUCCAGCAAAGGUAGUGUCUAUUUUGACUAGUCAGCUUUUGAGUCUGUGGACCAGAUAUUGUGGUGCGACUACUUAAAUGAACCGUCAGGCAUCUUUUUGAGGACGUUCAAAUAGUAGUAUUUGUUUUUCAGCUUUUUGUUUUGCAUUUCUUCACCUGGGUAUCAUCCCCCCAAUCUGUAUCACUUUCAGGUUUCCUCAAUGUUUAAGGGGGAACAAUAUCGAAUAAACUAUUUUGUAGAGACAUGAACCGAGUCACAAAAUUGCAGCGCAAAGGGCAUAUGCGAUGAUGAUCACAAAGAUUUUUGGGUAUUGCCUGCCAGACCCAGGGAUGCACUUUGGAUUAAUGGGAACUUUUAGCAUCUCUAUAAGCCAAGGCCAGUAUAAGGGCCUGGGGUCAAAAUGGUAAUGAACAUGAAACAGAAAUAGAUAAGACAAGACAGAUAAAAUAAGGCACAGUAUUUAUCUUAAUUUUAAUACAUGAUUGUAUUUUUUUUACUAACUUUUAGUACAAUGAAGAAGAAGAAAAGGAGAGGGAAAGAGCUCGAAAGAGGAAACGUCUAGAUGCUUUGGAGGCUCAGUGGCUUGUAAGUAUUGGACAGUGUCUUCUGACUUAUAAUUAUCUUAUUAUAUUGUAAAUAAUCAAUGGGGGAGAAAAUGUUUUGAGAGGCAGCCAUUUUUCUAGGGGUCAGAAUCAGUGAACUGAUAAAAAGUAAAAUAGGAGAAAAAUCACACACAUAUCAUUUAUGCCUUUAAAGUGAUCAUGAAAUGUAUACUGUAUACAGUCAAACCUGGAUUGUAUUAAGUGGACCUCCAUUAACAGGGCUUCUGAUAUUUUGCGUGGUCAAGAAGCUGCAAAAUUCAGGUAAAUCCGCGAAAUCCCACGAAAUUCACAAAAACACCCAAAAUGCUGCAAAAUUUGGUAGAAAUCUUAUCAAAAUUAAUACAUGUCUGUACAACAUAUUUUAAACUUAUUUCAGCGAUAGGGGCUAUUUACUUGCCCUAAACUUGCAAAUUUAUCUUGGAACUUCGUCACUGAAGCAUGCAAACAAUGUCCUGAAACUACCAGGGGUAGAUUAAGUUGCGAAAAACUGGGCACUAGCCGUGAUGUUAAAGGCUUUGCCAUUGGUUCAUUUCUUGAGCGUUUUGUUGUUGAAAGAGCAAAUGAUGACCUCUGUUACAAAAACAUUAAAAAUGCUGGUCUGAUCAGCGCAAAACUGAUCGAUUUCUAGCGAAAUUUGCCUUGAAUCGGCCGUUUUUUGCCGAUUGCUUUUUGGUGAAGUUUGCCCUGAAAACUCCCGCGAAAUUCCGGCAAAAUCAGCCGAUUAAUUUUUCCGUGAAUUUGUCCCUAAAAAUCCCUUGAAAUUUGACUUUUUCUUCCGUGACCUAUCAGAAGCCCUGCAUUAAAGCAGUCACUAAUGUCCAAAGUCCUGGAAAUAUAUAGUUGACUCUUAAACUGUUGUUAAACUGACCUUUAUUUAGUGGUCACCGCUACUAUUAAUUAAGCGGCCGCUGUCACCUUUUCGGAGGUCCCAAGAAGUUGUUUCUUAUUGUCAUCACCUCUAUGCUAGUGCACCAGGUACACUGUGUAUGGCAUAAAGUGGUCUUUUACUUUUUCCCUUUUGGUACAAGUGGAGGUAGAAACAGUUUGAGGCCAAUUUUUCAAGGACAGAUAUUUCGCUUUUUCACCAUCUUCACUUUUUUGAAUAACCUACAGGUUUUUCAAACUUGUAUCAAUGGUUAACCUGUAUAAAGUGGCCAGUAAGCCGGCCAUUCCUCAACGGUGACCACUAAUUUAGUACAGGUUUGAUUGUAAUGUGUAGACUUUGGUUGUUUUACUAUUGGCCUAUGAUCAAUCAUUUUGCAAUACCAAUGCUUUUUUGUGUUGGAUAAUUGAAAGUAAUAUUACAAGGAAAAAUGUGACCCAGAAUGCAGCAUUGAUAAUAGCCCACUAGUUGAAUUUUACUAAUAAUAAUUAUUGUAUUUCAACAGGCAGCUAGAAAGAACAGUGCUGCUGCUGGUGGUUUCUGGUCUGGCUCCUGGUGGCCAUCUCUGUAUUCAUCUUUCUCUACAACAAUUGUUGAAAAUCUACAGGUAUGAAACACUGCUCAUCCUUCUGCUCUCGAUAUUAUUAAUUAACCAGUUCUUUAUACUUAUCAUCAAAUUAACCCUAUUGGAGAAAACCAUUCCUGAAUGGCCCUUUUUAACCCCUUAAGCCCCAAUAUCCACAUACAAAUUCUCCAAACUGAUCUCUACAUAUUUCCUUUAAGAAAAUGUUGAGAGAAUUUGAUAAAAGAUCAAGGCAUUUUCUCUUUGGUUACCAUUUUAUUCAUUCUCAUAACCCAGGGCUGUCCUAUCUGUCUCAGGGCUGUCAAUAAGGGCCGGUAGCUGGCCAAAACCGCCGGCUAGUUAGCCAUCCUUAGCUGGCUACUUUCAUCUUCUUCUACCAUAACUGCUAACAAAAAAUGAGCAGCAUCGAACAAAAUUCGUAAAACAUUUGUUUCCCAGUUUUGCAUGACAUUGAACGAAUAUUUAAAUUUAAAUAGGUUUAGAUCUGUGAAAUGUUCAAACCGUGCGAUUUUUUGGAACGCCUGGGACAUGUUCCCAGUCUUGCAUGUAUUCUGACGAAACAACAUGGCGUCUGAAAAUACCUCUCAAAAACCCUGGAAAUGGCAAUUUUGGGGCUCUAAAUUUCAAAAUGUCGCAAGAUGCCUCGGCCCUCAAUAACUUGUGCUUUUGGUGUGAGUUCCAGAGCCGCCUACUAUUCAUUAUCAGCCUGCUACUUAUAAACUUUUUGACAGUUCUGUUUUUUUAAUGAUAAUUUUACGUUGUUAGGAGAAAAUUGAUGUUGGUCACUAUUGGAUCUUAAAGGGUAAAUCUUAAAUCUUAUGACCCCCUGAGUGGAGAGCUUGACUUGUAAAAUUAAACAAAACUAUUUUAUUCCAUUGCAAUCUUAUUUGUUUUUUUAUCCUCUCCAGCUUAUCAUUAGUGAUGUACAUUUUCGCUAUGAGGAUGCAACAACUGAGGAAUCGCUGCCUUUUGCUUUUGGCAUAACCAUCGCAAAACUGUCAGCACAGUCCACCAACGAAAGCUGGGUAAGUUUUUUGGGAUCAUUACACUUUUCUGGAAAACUGCCCAUCUACCCCUCCCCUAAGCCAACAUCAACACUUAGUUGUCACUUAGGGCAAAAUGUUGGCUUAGGGGGGGGGUAGGUGGGCAGUUUUCCAGAAAUGUAUUAUGAUUCGUUUUUUGUUGCAGCCCUCCCAAGUACUCUACCGUACUUCACCCAUUUCAAAUCCGUGUUUCAGUGUUAAAUAUAAAAUAAAUAAAUAAAUGAUUAUACGUGUAAUAUUCGCUUGUGAUGCUUCUUAUUGUUUCAGUAAAAAUGUUUCCUACAGAAUGUCCAAAAGAGGGAAAAGAGAAGAGAAGAAAUAUUAGGAAACUACAGAAAAUUCAUGAAAAAAAAAAGAAGAGAAAGUUUUACAUGCUGUCAGUGUAUACCUGAAAACCAAAUUGUUGGAUAGUUUUAAUCCAUAUUUUCCUUCAAAAUAAUGAUAAGUUAAAUUAAGGGUAGUUACACCAUGGUUGGUUUCUCAUAACAUUCAACAUUUUAUUUCUAGUCCUUCAUUCUAGUCAUUGAUUUUAAGUAAUGCUUUCUAUGUCCUACUGUACAUGCUUUUCACUAUGGGCAAUGUGCAAAUCUACUUUGAAGUGUUGAGUGCUCUUGUGAGUUCAAUGCUCCCUACAACAAUACUUUACGUUAUACAGAAUCCAGAGGAGAUAAUUGAAAAUGAGCGAAGCAUCAAAUACAAACUCAUUGAGCUGCAGAACAUGGCAAUUUACUGGGACACUGAUGUUACUUUGGUUGGUGACUUACCAUCACGAGAUCUUGAGGUAAUGUAGAGUUAACGUCCUUAGCCUGCGAGCAAGCUCUCCUUUCUCUCCCCUUCCUCCCGCUUUCGCGUCUCCUCUCGCGUGCCUCUCUCCCGUCUACUUUUCAGGUUAUCCCCCAAAUGGAGAGCUUACUAGUAGGCUAUAACUUCCUGUUUAAUUACAGUCAUUUAAACCUACAACCGCCACCUCUGAGUACAGAGAUGAGUAGCUGUUGUAGACAGAUGGUCGUCAUGAGGAUUUAGGGUUGUUUGUCAGUGUAUGUGGCAGAGAGAGCAGGCAGAGGAGUGGGGGAGGGUGGGGGGGAGGGCCAAAAAUUUCACUUCCUGUAAAUUGCAUUUCGGGCUCCCACCCUUCCUCCCUUUAGCCUUUUGUCCUUUGCAAAAUAUCAUUAAUUAACUAGGCAUUGUUGCAUAACCCCCCCAUUUCUUCCUGCUUCCCACCCUCUCCAGGACUUUCACCUCCCACGCUUUCCUCCCCCGCCCCUCGUACCCCUCCCGCCCCCUAGUUUUUUUUUGGCUCCCAUCCCUUUGUCUUCCUCCACUAUAUGAGAAACAGGGAACAACAUUUUUCUUUCUAUAUUGCUUAUUGUAACGUUAACGAUAAAGACUAGACAUGUCUGAAUCAGAAGCCAAACGUUUAGAACAAAUAUGAACAAAACAAAACGUGUAGUUAGUGUAUUAGUUUCCAUAUCGUUGGCUUUUCAAAGCUAGUGGAAACGCAAAAGUGACUGUAAAGACUCCUCGCUAGGACACAAAUAAAGGUGAGUGUUGUACAAAGAGAGCUGGUCGUUGGGAGAAAUUCACCUAGGCAUAUUUUAAGAACGUUACUUAUAAGCAGGUAGUUGACAGUCACGUCAAUUUAUGGCAAAAAUUUAUUCAAUUUCAGAGCGCCCUUCAAAGAAUGAUUAACAGAAAUCAAGGAAAGGCCGGAUUUAGUGUGAGUGUUUUUGUUUUUUUUUUGCCACAUUGUGCAGUUAAUCUAUUCGUUCGUUUGUAUUUUAAUGUUCCCUGUAUUCCAACUGAGAAUAAAACUAGCGUUCCAUGUCUUUUCUUGUUUAUCUCAACAAACGAAUAUUUUUUGUCACCCAUGCACAUGAAAAAUUGAAUGAACUACACAUAUGUAGUUGUUUUAUUACCGUCUUUGUAUAUUAUUGAUAUUUUUUUAAAGUAGCCAUCAGAGGCUUGAUUCUGGGCCAAGCGGAGAACCCAUAAAUUUUAGUGACUAUUUUAAAAAUAGUCCACGGGAAAACUAAUCGCGCGCUUUUGGUCACGCAUUCACGUAGACUCGUUAGUAACGCAAUCUUUUUUCACUCUCCAGCUGUAUUAGACAUUUUUAGUGUUUGUUAUGGUGGCUUAUGUUAACUUGUCACUGUUGUUUUAUUCUUCAGAAACAUCAGUAUAUCCUGGAACCUACCAGCGCACAAGCAAAGAUGAAAAGGAAUGCCAGUGCUCUGCCACUACGUUCUCGGCAAAUGCCACGUUUUGUGGUCGAUGUUCACGUGGAAAAGAUUCCAUUGUCCCUGGAGGAAACACAAUACAAGAUGCUGAUAACCCUGAUGGAAGGCUUUGAAAGACAUUUCAGGCAAUGCCGGUACCUUAAAUGGAGACCAAAAUGUCCCAUCAAGAACAAGUGAGGGAAAAAGUUUUAUUCCUUUUGAUUAUGGAGCGGCCCUUAAAUUAUAGCGGUACUUGCUGUUUUUCAACAGUGUUUUUGUUAUUUACCGUAUUUAUUCGAUUAACCGCCCUGGGCGCUUAUUACAUUUUUGGACCUUAAGAGUGGGCGCUUAUUCGAGGCUGAACGCUUAUUAAAUUUUCACCAUUUUCAGCAAGCGAAGUAUGUUUAUUUUGCAACAAAACAAUAAAUGCUAAUAACAAAACGUGAAGAAGUAACAAAGGAAAGUUUCUGUAAAAUACUCUGAAGAAAACUCCGUCCUCGGGGAAGUCUCUUAUUAGAAUUUAUUCACUCAAGUGGGUGGGGUAGGGGUGAGCGCUUAUUUGAGUUUGAUUGGGAGGGGGAGGGGGUGGGCGCUUAUUUGAGGGUGGGGCUUAUUAACUUUUUCUGCCUUUAGGAUGGGCGCUUAUUCGAGGUGGGCGCUAAUUCGAGGUUGGGCGCUUAUUCGAAUAAAUACGGUAAAUGUUUAACGAGUGAAAUGCACUUCUGGUUGGCACAUUUUAAUAUCAGUGGGUGACGUCAGCGUGUCGCUAUUGUUAUUAACCAAGCUUUAAGUGGCCAAUCACAAUACGGGGAGAAUUCAAAUGAACCAAUCACAUCUCGAAGCAAACCUGAGAUCGUUGCGAGGUUUUGCAGCCACGGUAUUACAAAGUUUCCUUUGACAGAAACUUCCUCUGUUGUAAAUAUUGUUUUGUGAAAGAUACAAUGUACUUUGUUGCCACGUCUGAUUAUGUUAGCUCUGAUAAUAUGAGGCAUAAAAAAUGCACUUUAUUUGAGUGUUAAUGUGUCUAGCACGAAAGUUCUAAUUGGGGACAGUGACAAUAUUUUUACGUAUCCUACUGGAGACGAGACCGCCUUUUUACGUGAUAAUUCAAGCCACGCGAAGGUCUAGCCAUUUGCAGGGCAAAGGGAUUAUCUUCAUUUCUCAGUCAUUUUAAGUGCUUGAGUGUUAAUAUGGCUCCGGGAAUCGAACCCGCGACAUCCCGCUCCGCAGUCAAGCGCUCUACGACUGAGCUAAUCCUGCCGCGGUAUGCCAUGUUUAUCUAAAGUGUUAUAUCUUUGUACUAAUUGUUACUAUUACAAUAUGUAUUUCAGUGCAAGAGAAUGGUGGCAGUUCUCGAUAAACUGCAUUCUGCAUUCUAUAAAGGAGAGAAAUAUGCGUCAAACUUGGACUUUUGCUGCUAAGCGAGCUCAUGGCAUGGUCAAAUACGUGAACAUGUACACGAAGCACCUUGUAUCUGCAACCAUUGCGGAGCCUGCUCUUAAGGUAACUCAUACACUUUAUUCGGCUAUGAAUUAGAUAUUAGCAGCCUGCGUGGCUGGUGCAAAAAGGGGAGGGGGAGGGGGAGGGGAGAAGAAAAGCAGUCCCCAAUACCCCUCCAUCCCUUUUCUCCUUCUCCCCUACCCCACUGGACACAGGCUAGGGAGUUUAAGAUACAGUACGGUGGCGGCAGUGAAAGCUUUUCUCUAAAGUGAUGUCACCUUUUUUAACUCUUUCAAUUUGUCAUGAAAUGUAGUUUUCCAAGAAUUGAAUAGGUCAUUACCGAGUUUCAAAACCCUCACCUUCACAACGAGGCUAAGUCCUCGGACCUCUAUUUUUCUUACUGUACAUUAACGACAUCAACAAUGCUUCUAAUCUAUUAAAUCUGAUAUUGUUCGCUGACGAUACCAAUGUAUUCAUGUCACAUAAAGAUCUGAACUAUCUCUCAGAUAUGUUAAACUUGGAGAUGGACAAACUGUCAAUCUGGUUUAAAGCAAACAAGCUUUCUCUAAAUCUUAAAAAGACUAAAUUUAUGGUCUUCAAACCAAGACAAAAGCGUUCAAUUUGUAAUAUUCAAAUAAGUAUAGAUAAUCAAAAUAUUGUUAAAGUAAAGGAGACAAAUUUUCUAGCAGUAAUUUUGGAUCAAAACCUAAAUUGGAAGUCGGAAAUAUCACACGUUGCAAAUAAAGUUGCGAAGUCAAUCGGUAUAAUAUCUAUAUGCAGCUUGUUUCUUCCUUAAUCGUCUUUACGUAUGCUCUACUAUUUCCCUAAUUUAUCCUUAUUUUUACUACUGCGAUAUAGUUUGGGCUUCGACCUAUAAAAACAAUCUCCGCCGCCUUGUUAUCCUGCAAAAGCGCAUUAUUAGAAUUAUUAAUAAAUCACGUUUCAAUGCUUAUACAGACCCCAUCUUUAAUAACCUCGGUAUACUAAAAUUUAAUGAUAUCCAUUUGCUUCAACUGGGCCAAUUUAUGUAUUCUUGCAAAAAUUCAUUCUUACCUCCAAAGUUUAAUAACAAUUUCUCUCAAAGCAAUCAAUUCCACUCUUACAAUACAAGAAAUUCCCAGGCCUACCGUCUACCGUAUUGUCGUACAAACACGAAGAAGUUCUCGCCCUUUUUUCAAGGGCCUAAGUUUUUUAAUUCACUUGACAACAAGAUCAUCAACUCUCAAUCCCUCUCCUCUUUUAAGAAAAAACUGAAGAUUAAAUUAUUGAGUAAGUAUGAAAACAGUUUAUAAAUCUUUCCAUCUUCGACUUUUCGCCUUCUUCUCUUCAAUUGAUGUGAAACAGCUCUAGCUCAUAGUUCGAGGAGGCCUAACCUCUCAUAAGCUCCUAUUGUUUCUGUUAGGUCUCCUCGCCACUUCUUUUUUUUUUUUUUUUUCUUCUUCUUUUCCUAUUUUUUUUGUAAUUAGUGUGGCAAAUAAAAUAAAAUAAAUAAUAAAAUAAAAAAAUAAAAUAAAGUGCAAAACCUUUGUUGUGAACAUGAAAUUGCCUCCGAGAUACAACCACCUUUUUAAUGUGAUGACUCCAGACAAAUCUUUCUAAAUUUGACUCGGUUCUUAAUGUUACGAACCAAGUCAAGUUUAGAAGGAUUUGUAUGCCAUGGAGUCAUUUGAGCCUUACUGGACUAAUAUCUCAGAGGCAAUUUGCUCCGAAAUGCCGAUUUUUGGCAAGUAUGCCUUUUGUUCUUUUAGAAUGUCCCGAAAAAUCGCAAUAUUUCACAAGUUUAAUUUUUAUGAAGUCACACUUCAGGACUCUAUGAGGGAAAUCUAUUGUUCUCGCACAUGUGAAAUGCAGCGUUUCGACUUUCCUAUUAAGAGGCAACUCCCGAUACUGUGGAUACCCUUGGGACACCUUCGGGAUACCCUCGGGACAGAGUGUUACCGUCCUUGCUAGUAGCGUGAACCCGUAAUAGCGGGACUGUACUUGGUUCGAACUUCUGUAAUUAAUUUUUUUUUUCUGGAGGUCUAGCUGUUGUCCGUAUUAUAAGCGUGUCUGCAAUACAAGCCUUGACUGUGUUAAUCUUUUUCCCACCCUUCCCUAAAUGUUAUUUAACUCUAUAUGCGCAGGAAGACCAAGCUCAAAUUGAAGAAGAGCUGACAUUUGAGGAGCUGGUUGUUUUAAGAACUAUUGCACAAGCAAAGGCAGAGAAUGAAAUUAGUCAGGUAGGAUUAUGUGUAAAAAGAUUGUUAAUUCUUACUUAGGUUUGAAUUUAGAUUUAGAGCACUUUAAUCACAUUGGAGAAGUAAAUGAGGCCAACACAGCAGAGCCUGGCCUUAAUUUAAGUGCUCAGUUGCAUUGAGAUAGGCAUUGGGAGUGUCACCACUAGAGAUAGCUUACGUGUUAUUUUUCCUGAACGUUUUCAAAACAAUUGAUUUUUCUUCUUCAUAUGUCUGUUAAACGUAACGAAGAGAAAUUAGCCGCUAGCCGAGAAAACAGAACUCUUUACCAUUAACCGUAAAUUCCCCCAUUCCUGGCACCCCGUUAGAUAGCGAUCCUUCUUCAAGGAUUCGUGGCAUUGAGGCUCCGCUGUACGGAGUUCAUGAUUUAAUUUUGAUAACAGUUAGCUCUCUUUCAUGUUUUCUCAAGGUAACUUGGUCGUUCUCCUUAGCGAUGCCCUUUUGAUUACUUGGCUUUCGUUCAUCCUAUCUUAGUAAACCUAAGACUUGAAUUUAAUUUAACAAUGCUAAAUUGGCUGGUCAAUUCUUCACAAUUUGAACUUUUAGAGCGAUUUUCGUAUGACCUUGAAAAAUGGUUUCGGUAUUAAAGUUUUCGUCAUUUUUUUCUCAGCCAAUGGAUGAAAAGAUCUAAAUAUGGACUCUUCGUUUUCCCGCCAAACGAAACCCUAUGGAGAAGGCAUUGCUCGAUUGGCCAAUCAUGUUGGCCAAUCAUGCCAAUCUUGUUGCAGUACAUGUAUUAUAUCAAAGCGAAGUAUCGAUUGAUUUCAAGAAAGUUCUCGGACGUGAAGUUUUUUCACCCGAGCAUUCGCUUAACCGACCAAAAGCCACGCGCCUUUGUAUCCGUUCGGUAAACCAAUCAAAUCGCUGUAUUUCCGUUCGUUUGUUGUUUCUGUUUUGUUCGCGCGUUUUCAUUUUAAGGUUACACGAAAAUCGCUCUAAUCGAUGACUCUUUCUUCAGCGCUCCCAGCCUGGAAGUGAGGAUCAGUCCCAGGAGUCAGUAAAAGAGGAACUGGAGAAAACUGACAGUGGAGGUGCUGGGGGUGGGGGUGGGGUUGGGGUUGGUGGCGGGGGCUGGCAGAGCUGGGUAACUGGUUGGUACAGUUGGUAUGGAACAGACACUCCAGAUGGAUCUGCGGACAAAACACAAGGCAAGGAUUCAGCAGCUCCAGUGUUCAUGGCAGAACCACCCACUACGAAAGGUUAGUUAUUAGUGAGCUUAAGAGCAAGCGUGUUUGAGCGACGCACAUCAACCAGAACGGCGCCCUUUUCCCUUUUAAGUUGCCACAAUGUUUCAGUCUAAAUUUGCAUUAAUUUUUUUAAGUGUCCUUAGUCUUAUAGAUACGCUUUGCCCUAAAAAUUGGGCAAAACCAUUGCCCAAGAUUGCAAAAAGGUUCCCUUGCAGUUGAAGUAUGUCGGUCGAAAAUGUCUUUGCUUAAGCUCAGAAUUCUGGGACAAAAAAACUCUGAGUUUUAACCCUUAGAGCCCUAAGAGUAAUCAACAUCAAAUUUCUCCUUGAAAUAUCAAUGCUUUGUUAAACAGAGUGGUCAUGAGAAUUACGAACAUGAUCACACAAGAUGAAUUUGCUUGAUAUUUUAUCAACUUCUCCCCACUGCUCCUGUAGGAAAUGAAUAGGGGCAACAAAUGAGAAUUCAAAAUUUGAUCUUAGGGUUUAAAGGGUUAAGACAGCAUAACUGUGAAAAAAUUCACCAGUACCAAGACAGGAAAAGAAUCAAUUUUGGGUUCUUUACCAUCGAGAGUAACGUUGCUUUCCAGCAUAGUUAAUUGAGUGGAAUGGUUAUGAAACCCGUCAGACUCCUUUGUUAUAUGUUUUUGUGGACCUGAAAGUGCACAACGUUCAAAAGAAUUCCUAUCAUUUUGAUUGUAUUGACCAAUAAAAACGUUGCAUUAAUUUAUUCCGUAACAAUUUGCUAACAGAAAACAAAGGCUUGUGCACUUUCACGGUACUCCCAACAUAAACUGCAGCACUGUUGUUUUUAUCAUUGAUGUUUGCCGCUUUUCAUAACCAGUCUCCUCUAAUAACUAUGUUUUCAGACGGUCGUUACGUUCUGCAUUUAUCAGAGCCACUGAUCUUCGAAAAAGUUUGGCGCUCUUGCAUGGCAAUGAAAAAUCUCUCAUCAUGUCGCAUUUUCUUUUUCCCCUUCUUGCAGAGGAAGAGGAGUUCCUUGACGAGCUCGCGGACAAUCAGCAGCUAAACGAGUCAAUCUUUAACCGAGACCAGGUCUUCGCCCACUUGAACUUCAGACUUGAUGCCGGCUCCUUUAAACUGAUCAACACAAAGCAAUCAAAUACCUCUUCACAGACGACAGCGUUGCCAGUAGUUGAAGCCGAGUUUUCUGAUCUGAGGUGGGAUUCCGAGAUGCGGCCUCGCUCAAGCACUUGGGAAUUUAACAUGAGUUUGGGAGCUUUGUUUGUUCGAGAUAAACUGACACCGGAAACAUUGUUUCCAUCUUUAGUUUGUCCCCAGGGUCGGGAGAGUAAGGUUAGUAAAUUUACCUUUUAAGUCAAUUCGCCACUUUAGAAACGAGAAAGAAACUGGGCCGAGCUAUCUUUCGCAAAGACUUCUGGGAUAUGGCAAACAAAUUAGCCAUGAGCUGCAUUGCGCGUCCCAAGUAAAAAUCCCACAAGUCUUGGCGAUAGCAAGCUCAGCCCAGCAUUUCUCUCGCUUUUAAAGUGGCGAUAAGGGCAUGUAAUUUGCUGGACCAUUUAUGUGACGAAGGAUGUUGGAAGUCAAAAGGAUUUCUUUUUUAAAAUUUUACAUUGCAGAAAGCUUCGCUUGCUAAGAAGCAACAGGGAACACUGUCAAAAGCCACAACUGGAGCCAUGGUUAUGUCUGCAGCCAGCGUGGGCCUUAAUCUUUUACAAGACAUGAGUGAACCAGUGUUUGAAAUGAAGUUUGAGUCUCUGUCACCAACAAGCAAAGUUGCAUACAAGUUAGUUGAUAGGGAAACGUCAUACAGUCAACUCUCCCCUUGCUGACACCCCGCUAUAACGGUCAACUCGAUAAUACGGACAGCAGUUGAAUCCCAAGCAAAAACAAAUUACAGAAAUUUGACUGAGGUAAACUCCCGCUAUUACGGACUCUCGCUAAUGAGGACACUAACUCGAGGUCCCUGGAGUGUCUGCUAUAUAGAGAGUUGACUGUACAUGAGAAAUGUAAGGUGACUAUUCCUAAAAGUCAAAACAUCGUUACGCGUUAAGCUUUCUAACCCGCUUAAAAUCAGGAAAAAAGUUCGGCCUUAAUUCCUGGUCAAAGCCUCAUCACGAUAGACUAAUUUCUUAUUGUUUAAAUUUUCACAUGGCUACGAGGCUGGUGGGAAUAAAACAAUUAAAACAAAUUGAAUUGGGAUUCAAGGAUUAAUAUUUCAUUUCUUUUUUUAUUCCCCUCAGGGUCAAUGUUGAUAAUUUGAAACCAGCCUUUUGACUCAACUGCAAACAUCAUUGUGUUGUUUGUUUGUUGUUUUUUUCGUCUUCUAAAAACAAACAAACAAAGAAACCAAACAUUAGUGUCCAACAUACAACAAAACAGAGAUUUCCAUGAAGGAAUGUAACGAAGUGAAACCCACAACUUACCGCCCAUUGCGAAAGCGUUCCAAUGCCGUACCGUCCAGUGGCGGAUCCAUGGUCAUCCAGACCCUGAAAUAAGGUGGGGCCCGGUCUCAAAACUUUUUUUGGCCCUUCGGGCCUCAGUGUGGUCUAGAAAUAAGGAGGGGGGGGGCCCUCCCCUGGAUCCGCCGCUACCGUCCGUUCUGUAGACUGUAGGCAACAUUCUUGCUUUUGCUUGUUAUGUAAUUUUAAUCUUACCUUCCACCUCUAUUUUGGAUGUCGCUCAUGCAGGUUGUCAGUGACCACUCAGCCACUGGAUGUCGUCUACAACCCACUAGUGUUGGAUCACAUCUCCGAGUUUUUCUCCCACACAUCAAUGGAAGGAACCCAAGCUCUUCAUAUUGAACGGCAGCUCCGUGAAGUGGCACGGGUUAGAUACGAGGAACUAAAGAACCAGACUAGAGCUGAACUUGUCCAAACACUUGAUGCUAUGAUGGCAGGGUCAGAAGUGGUAAGUUGUGGGUCUGUUUAGGAGCUGCUUGGUAAAAUCGUUUUAGAUGCACAGAGCCUCAACAGACAAAAUUUCGGCCAAAACGUGAGGCCAAUUACCGUACGAUAGUAGCUAGCGCAAACACUGGUUAAGUUCCUUAUUACAAAAUUACAAUAGGCCGCUACCGAGUUCCAAAUACCCUCAGUUUC